GAAGCCUUGCAUCCAAACAGGUGGGGCUGUUAACACAAGGGUUGAGCUGGGUUGAGCGUUGAUUUUCAUUAGUGUGUACCAGUGUGUAGUUCACGAUGGAGGUUAGCCGAGAAAAUUUCCGAGCAAUGAUAUUCUAUGACUUUAAAAUUGGUUUAAACAAGAUCCAAAGCUGUGCGCGUUUGCGUGCCGCGUUUGGCGACAGUUCUCCUUCCACAGCCACAAUUUACAGAUGGUUCAAGGAAUUUCAGAACGGUCGGGAAUCCUUGCUGGACGAAGACCGUGCCGGUCGACCGGUCACAGCUGUGACCGACGAGAAUGUCUUUGUAGUGAAACAGAUGCUGGAAGAGGAUAACCGUACAACUUACGCACAGAUACAAGCUACGUUGAGGAUCGGAUCAGCAGCGGUGAGGACCAUCCUUCACGACAGGCUUCGCACCAGGAAGCUAUGCAGCCGUUGGGUACCCCAUCAUCUGACGAACGAACAGAAACGGGCCCGAGUAAAAUGGUGCCAAGAAAUGUUACAGAGAUUUGACAACGGUUGUUCAAACGAGGUAUCUAACAUCAUAACGACCGACGAAUCUUGGAUUUAUCAGUAUGAAAAUGAUUUUAAAACAGAAUGGAUUAUUCCUGGUGAAACUUUCCCAAUGAAAGGUCGACGCAUUGGGAAGAAAAUGGUAUGCUCCUUUUUUUCCGCUGGCGGCCAUAUUGAAACUAUCACACUGGAGGACCAAAGCAAAGGGGAUGCAAAAUGGUACACCACUGUUUAUUUGGCUCAGGUGUUUGAUAAGUUUCGAAAGAAAAAAUUAAAAACCGAGGAUCAGAAAGAGAUCAUCUUACAUCACAACACGUUGCUUCAUUCGUUCAACGAGACGGUCGGUUUUUUAAACAAAUUAGGAGUCUCUGUUUUCGCUCAUCCGCCGGAUAGCCCAGAUUUAGCCCCUUCCGACUUCUUUUUAUUUCCUAAAGUUAAGGACACCAUCAGAGGGCAAUGCUUUGAGACCUCUGAGACAGCUGUGGCCGUGUACAAGGAGUUCUUGAACAGCAUCCCUAAAGAGGAAUGGAGGGUGGAAUUUGAUAAAUGGUUUGACAGGAUGAAGAAUUGUAUUCGGUGUGGAGGAGAGUACUGCGAGAAAAUAUACUGCAAUUUCGAUUCUGAUCUCAGUCUAAGUCCCAUUUCUCCAAUGCCUCGAACAGAAAUCCAAGAUCAGACUUCGGACAAUGAAAGGAGGCAUAUUUCUUUUGAGGAGGGGGUGAAAAGGGAGAAGAUCGACGUCGAGGAGGAUAACGCUCUUCCAGAGAACCUAAAUGAGAAAGAACAUGAAAAUAAGAAGACAGAUGGAAAUAAAGAUGAGGAUGAGAAUAAAAUAGAGGUGAAGAAGGAACAGGUGAACGAAAAUGAGGAUACCAUGAUAGGACAAUACGAGAUGGUCCUUGUCAAAAUGGAAGAGAAUUUUGAGGAUGAACAAGAGACUUCCAAGUCGGUGAUGCCUGAGUCUGCUUCCCCUCGGUGUACAAAAGUCCCAGAAACGAAUGGCAUGUCAGAGAUCAGGGCUCGAAGCUUGAAAAUGCUGCAGAAUCUGAUUCAGACAUCACAGAAAAAAAACUGCAAUAGUAAUGCACAGAUCAAUUCAGAAGUCAGUGGUGGUGUAAAUGAUAAUGAAUCUGAUCAGUCGGAUAACGAUACCAGGUCCUAUCUCAAACCCCCUUACCCUUACCACUGCUUGAUCGCAAUGGCGUUAAAGAAUAGCCCUUCGGGUACUGCAACAACCACAGAGAUAUAUGAUUUCAUGCGUCGACACUUUCCAUAUUUUAAAACCACGCCAGACCGCUGGAAGGACUCCAUCACUCAUUAUCUGUGGUUCAACAAAUACUUUGUGAAGUGCCUAGGGUAUGAGCAUCAACAAAAAGGUUGCCGUUGGACCUUCGCUCCAGGUGAGGCGGUAAUGAUGGAUGAAGAGUUGCAGAAAUUGUCUAAAGAGGAUCGUCUGGCCAUCCAGAAAGCAAUGGUACAUCCUGAACACUUGGAGCUCCUCGAGAGGGGUGAAAUGAAGUACUGGCAAAGUACGUGUUCGAAGAAUGCAGAUGAGGAGAGUUCUAGUAACGAUGAUGUUAAAGAAGAAUCCAUCCAGGAUCGUGCAGCUACGAAUUCUGCAAUAAAUAGUGUGAAUAAGGACUCGGUAAAGAAGGAAUCGCUUAACUGUACAAAAAGGCAAAGAAGAAGGAAUAUGUAUCAGCGUGGUGUGGAAAGACCAAAUGUACCUCUCCUUCUCCGAGGCAGUAUAUCAAAUUGUUGUUCUAUUAACAUUGAUUAAGCGUAAAUUUUAUACCUGUGUAUAGAGAAAUCUCCAUGUCCAAUUACGUGAGAGUAUGUCUAUGCAUUCUGUGCAAUUAUAGCUGUUAGAUUUUGCACAUUAAUGAAAAUAAAUUUAUUUAUAAUUA